AUGGCUAAUCAAUUAGAUACAAUUUCAUUUUCUACGUAAUAAAGACUUCAUUAAUAUACUCCUUCGAUUGAUUCUCAUAAAUCCAAUAAACAACACUAACAUCCUUAGAAUUUGGAUGCCCAUCAAAUCAACAAAGAGAUUCAAUUCAUUGCAGAUUAUGCAUUGAAAUUAAUUAAAACUACUUAGCCAACUUCUGAUAAAUAUAAGUACAUAAUUAGAAUUGCAGAAAUCAGUAUGAAAGCAAAAGAAGUGGAUAACAAUAAAAAAUUAUUGGAUGACAUUGUUGAAGAAUUAUCUAUUAUUCUAGCUCAUUCUUUGAAAUCAAAAACUGUUCAAAUAUUGCUCACUAGAUUAAUUUAGUUGUAUAAAAAAAAGCAAGUCUGUUUUAUUAAUAGUGAAAAAAAUAUCAAAAAAUAUGCACAAUAUUUUAAUAAUAAACCCAAAAAUCCACACACAAUAAUCACCAAUUAAAUUGAUUCACCAAGAUUAAAUAUUUAAAUCUAAAAAUCUUACUCUCCUACAUCUUUGUAUCAGAAUUCCAAAAUCACCUAAACCAGAGAACAUAAAUUUCAAAUUUAACCUCCUCAUUUAGAGGAUCCAUAUAAUUUAAACUCUGAGCAUCUAAAAGCCUUAUUAAGUCCAUCCAUGAAGUUCCAGAGACAAAGGAAUUAUUAUCUUUCCAAAUAUUGA